AUGAGCGGUCUUCGAUUCCUCGAUCUCAUUAAACCCUUUACGCCCCUCCUUCCCGAGGUGGCAGCCCCCGAAUCCAAAAUUCCAUUCAAUCAGAAAUUGAUGUGGACAGGAUGUACACUUCUAAUCUUCCUGGUCAUGAGCCAAAUGCCUCUAUAUGGCAUUGUCUCGUCCGACACGUCGGACCCCAUUUACUGGCUACGUAUGAUGUUGGCCAGUAACCGGGGAACACUGAUGGAAUUGGGAACAACACCCAUUAUUUCUUCUGGAAUGGUGUUCCAACUUCUCGCCGGUACUCAUCUCAUCGAUGUCAACCUCGACCUCAAAUCCGAUCGCGAAUUGUACCAAACGGCGCAAAAACUGUUCGCAAUCAUUCUCUCUUUCGGCCAAGCUUGCGUUUUCGUCCUCACUGGUCUCUAUGGACAACCAAGCGACCUUGGUGCUGGAAUCUGUCUCCUCCUGAUUGUUCAGCUGGUUAUUGCUGGAUUGGUGGUCAUUCUCCUGGACGAGCUGCUCCAAAAGGGAUACGGCCUUGGAUCUGGAAUCUCAUUGUUCAUUGCCACCAACAUUUGUGAAUCCAUCAUCUGGAAGGCAUUCUCUCCCACCACCAUCGACACGGGCCGUGGAAAGGAGUUCGAAGGUGCGGUCAUUGCUCUUUUCCACCUCCUCGUUACCCGGUCAGAUAAGACUCGUGCCCUCCGUGAAGCCUUCUACCGACAACAUCUACCUAACAUCAUGAAUCUUCUUGCAACUUUGACUGUCUUCGCUGCCGUCAUUUAUCUCCAAGGUUUCCGCGUCGAGAUUCCAGUCAAGUCCUCCCGCCAACGAGGUAUGCGAAGUUCGUUUCCCGUCCGCCUCUUUUACACUUCCAACAUGCCUAUUAUGCUGCAAUCGGCUCUCGCAUCCAACAUCUUCAUGAUCAGUCAGAUGCUCUACACUCGAUUCUCGGACAACUUGUUGGUCAAGCUGUUUGGUACCUGGGAACCGAGAGAAGGGUCUUCCCAACUCUAUGCCUCUGGUGGAAUUGCCUACUACAUGUCGCCUCCUCUCAACUUCGCUGACGCUCUCCUCGACCCAAUUCACACCGUCAUCUAUAUUACAUUCAUCAUCGUCACUUGUGCCGUUUUCUCCAAGACCUGGAUCGAAGUGUCCGGCUCCGCUCCCCGCGAUGUCGCCAAAACACUUAAGGAACAGGGACUGGUAAUGGCUGGACACCGUGAACAAAGUAUGUACAAGGAAUUGAAGCGAGUCAUUCCCACAGCUGCAGCUUUCGGUGGGGCCUGCAUCGGAGCCCUCUCGGUUGCCAGUGACAUGCUCGGAGCCCUGGGGAGCGGAACUAGUAUUCUCCUAGCUGUCACAAUCAUCUACGGCUACUUCGAGAUCGCUGCCAAGGAAGGUGAUUUCGGUGGGAACCUAAAAGGGCUAAUUGCAUAG